AUGGCCGCCGCCGUGGCGGCGGGCACCGGCGCGGGGCCGCCCACACCUCGCGGCGGCGGGCCUGGCUCGAGGAGGGCGCACCCGCCUCCGGCGCCCGCUGCUCAUGGCGGCCAGCUUGGUUCAGCGCUGGACAUCGAGGGAGGAAGCACGAUGACCAUGACCACGACGUCGCGGGAUCUUGUCGACGCCGACCUUGGACAUGGCCCAUGCCGGCUCGCGCAGAUUCGGGAGGACGUGCGUCAGCGCAUGGCUCAGAUCAAGGCGCAGGGCGCGUCGAGGCGCUGGGAGGCGGCCGUGUCCACGCUCCAGGGCGCGCGCGGCCGCGCGGAGGCGGACAGCCGUCUCUUCACCGCGGCGCUCGGCGCCUGCGCGGCGGCCCAGCAGUGGGCCCGCACCCUGGACCUGCUGCAGGCACUGGCGAGCGACCGGUUGUCCCUCGACGCGAUGUGCUACACCCCCGCGGUGAUCGCCUGCGCCAGGCGGGGCCGCUGGGCGGAGAGCGUGGGCCUGCUGCGCGCGGGCCUGGAAGGGUCUGGCGGGGCCACGCGCGCGGUGUCCAACCUUCACACGUACUCGGCGGCCAUCGGGUCGUGCUCGAGUGGAUCCCACUGGCCCCGCGCGGCAGCGCUGCUGGAGGACCUGGCCUGCAGGGGGCUCGUGCCCGACCAGUUCUGCUGUGGCGCCGCGAUGAGCUCGCUCGAGAAGGGGGGCCAGUGGAGCGUCGGACUGGCUCUCCUCGACACGGAGGUGGCUUCCACUGGGACGUUGCACGUUGUCACCUGCAACUCGUUGGUGAGCGCGUGCGAGAAAGGCGGGCAUUGGGACGCGGCGUUGCGGGUCUUCGCCGACAUGCAGCUGCGGCGGCUGAGGUGCGACGUGAUCACUUUCACCUCGGUCAUCUCCGCCUGCGCCGGGACGGAGCAGCGGUGGGAGGUGGCCGUGGCGCUGCUGGAGGACAUGCCGCGGUUCUGGGCAACUCCCAACAUCGUGACCUACAACGCUGCGAUCAAUGCCUGCCAGCGGGCGGGCCGCUCGGAGCGGGCGCUGGCGCUGCUGGCGGAGGCUCGCCGCCGUGGCCUGCGGCCCGACGAGGUCGCCUGCGACACGGCCCUUCGCGCGUGCGAGGCGGCGGGGAAGUGGCUGCUGGCGCUGGAGCUCUGGGGCGAGCUGGCGCGCGCCGCCCCCAGGCGGGGUCUCACCGCCUGCAGCUCCGCGCUGGCCGCGUGCGAGGCCCGCGGGCCGCGGCCCCAGUCCGUGCACCUGGCGCGCCAGCUGCGCGACCGGUGCUGGGCCCUGCUGCCCGCGGGCGCCGCCGCCGCGGAGCGGCACGGAGGCCUCGAUUUCGAGGCCUUCGAGGCCGUGGACGCGCUGCGCGAGCGCGAGGCAGCCGACGGUGCCCUGGCGCGCGCCCUCGCCAGGCGGCUGUACGCGCCAGUCCUCGAGCGGCUCCGGUGGCUGGCCGCCGCGGGCUGGCGCCCAGCGGCGCGCCAGGGCGACGCGCGCCUGCAGGAGCCGGUGCUGGAGAGGCAGCCAGGCAUCGGCCAGAGCCUCACCGCCCGUGCGCUGCGGGUCGUGGGUUGUGCGCCCGUGGGCGGGGCCGCCGCGCCGUCCUGGGCUGGCCUGGCGCGCCGCGCCGCGCGGCGCGACCUGCCGCGCGCGCUGGGCGAGGCUGUGGCGGCCGCGCCCUCGGGGCUGGAGUCCGGGCCGGAGUGCAGCCCGGCGGUGGCGGCGUGGGCGCAGUGCGAGGUGGCCGUGGCGAGCGCGCCGUGCGGGCCGCCCGCGCACAGGUCGCGCGGCCGGGUGGUGCGGUUCGGGCAGGACGCGUGGCCUGGCGGGGCGGCGCUGGCGCCCGUGUUCCGGGAGCACGACCGCUCGCAGCACGCGGAGCGGCGAGCGUUGCUCGCCGUGGUCGGGCUCGUGCGGUUGCGGCUCCGCGGGCGGCGGCCGCACGCGGCUGGCGGCGCGGAGAGCCAGGCGCUGGCGCCGGCCUAG